AUGAUUAAGUCAUUGAGCCGAGCGCCGUGGACUUGUCGACGAUGUUUCCUGCAGAUCCGGGCCGAAUCGCGGCGCCAUUUCCAAGGCGCGUCUACCGUGACUCCAUUACAUCCGUAUACUCUUGCCGGGGAUAGUUCGAACCAGAAGCAUGAUGACCAGGCGCUACGGCUUGUCUUUGAUUCGAAGCCAUUUUGGAAAGAGUUUUCCCACCGCAGAACCGGCGGCUCUAAACAAACGGGUCUACUUCAAAACGUAUACCUGACUGGACCAGAUGGAUUCCUUCAAUUUGCGCAGAUAUCACUUCAAAAGUGCCAGAAAAUAGUCGCGAAGGUUAUUGCUGCCCGAACAUCGGAAGAAUACCGCGAAAUAGUCCAAAACCUUGAUCGCAUGAGUGAUUUACUCUGCCGCGUGAUAGAUAUAGCAGAUUUCAUGAAAGUGAAUCAUCCCGAUCGAGAGAUUCAGGAUGCUGCAACACAGGCGUAUGCAUUAAUGUUCGAAUACAUGAAUGUACUGAACACAACCCCAGAACUUAAUACACAAUUAAAACAAGCCUGUGCGGACCCGAAUAUUACGGCCCUUUGGAAUAAAGAGGAAACUGUCUCGGCGCAAGUUUUGCUGAAAGAUUUCUCUCAAUCAGCCAUACAUUUACCGCCAAAGGACCGACAACGAUUUGUUGCUUUAUCAAACGAAAUAAGUCAACUGGGCCCAAUGUUUGUGCAGAACGUUUCACCCGAAAUCGAAUAUUUGCGUAUUGAGAAGAACAAAGCUCGUGGGAUGGAUCCUGCUCUAAUCCAAGAGCUUCAAAGGUGGUCAAAAGUCUCCUUGCCAUUGUUUAGCAAUAUUCCAAGGAUAGCUUUGUAUUCUAUACACGACGAAGAUACCCGGCGAAAAAUAUAUAUGGCAUCUCGAACAUCUUCACGGGUACAAAUUGAGCGCUUAGAGACCUUGCUUCGUAAAAGAGCUGAGCUAGCGAAACUCGCUGGGUUCACAAGUUAUGGCCACAUGACACUGAGCGAUAAGAUGGCCAAAACACCAGAGGCUGUUGUUAACUUUCUAGAAACCUUGAAUUCUUGUAAUCGGGUGCAUGUUCAGGGUGAACUGUCCAAGCUCUUCGCUUUAAAGCAAGCCAUGGUACCAUCUGCUACCCGGCUAGUGCCCUGGGAUCAUUCGUACUAUGCUCACCAAUACUCUGCACAUCACAGUCGUGCCAGGAAAUCUCGAGACUCUGCAUUACUCCCGGCGUUUUUCUCGAUUGGUACAGUGAUGCAAGGACUAUCUCGGCUCUUCUCACGCCUUUAUGGGAUCCGUCUUGCUCCCACUGAAAUCUUGCCUGGAGAGACAUGGAAUCCGGAUGUCCGAAGGCUGGAUGUUUUGGAUGAAUCCGGCCGGUGUCUUGCCGUAAUCUACUGUGACUUGUUUGAACGGUCAAAUAAAAGUCCAAAUCCUACGCAUUAUACCCUCCGUGGCUCUCGUGCAAUCUCACAGGCCGAGAUAGCCGAAAGUGCGAGUGCAACAUAUCUUCACCCUAAUGAUGGAAUGGCUUCCGGGGUUAGGCCUGGUACAAACACGCUCUACCAGCUCCCAACUGUGGCCUUGAUAUGCAACUUCCAUCAUUCGAGAGAUGGCUCAACACCGCCGCUCUUGGAUGAAGACAGCCUCGGGACUUUAUUUCACGAGAUGGGCCAUGCAAUUCAUUCGGUCCUCGCCUGUACAGAUCUGCAGUCAAUUUCUGGAACUCGUUGUGCCACCGACUUUGUCGAACUCCCAUCUGUGCUAAUGGAAAGCUUUGCGACUUCUCCUGAAGUUCUGUCUCUCUAUGCGCGCCAUUGGGAAACAAACGAACCUCUGCCUGAACAGAUGUUACAGACUUUGAAAAUGAACCGCCAGAGUCGAAAUAGCGUGCACGGUGGCAUGGAUGAUGAGGUGCAAAUUCUAAUGGCUUUGUUGGAUCAGGCAUAUCACUCCAGCCAACCCCUGGAACCCGGCUUCAAUUCGACGCGAGUCUAUCAUGACAUCAAUUCCGCAUAUAGUAGCCUUCCAGACCCUUUAGACUCGUCAACUUCAUGGCAAGGAUUUUUUCCGCAUUUAGUCGGAUACGGCGCCUCAUACUACAGCUAUCUGUUUGAUAGAGCCAUCGCAAACAAAGUCUGGACAGACGUGUUCCAAAAAGGAACACUUGCCCUCGAUAGGGACGCCGGAGAGCGUUUUAAAAAUGAAGUAUUACGAUGGGGUGGAGGCCGUGAUGGCUGGAGCUGCAUUGCCGGCCUACUAGGUAACAACCCUGCCAACGAAAAUGGGAGACUGGUCGAGGGGGGAGAGGAUGCAAUGCGUGAAGUCGGUCGAUGGGGUCUAGGUUUGAUGGGAAGCCCAGAAUAG